AUGAAUAAUAUUUAAUAAACAUAAUAUAUCACGAAGAAUUAAUUUUAUUAUUAUUAUAAUACUAUAAGAAAUGUUAUCUCCAUAUUUCAUUAACGAUUCAUAUAUAGAUUAACUGUUUAACUAAAAUUCAGUAUCUCUACUUAUAACAAGAAUUUAACCUGGCACUGUUGGAUUUGGCAAUGGGAUAAUAAAAAAUGGAAAAAUAAAUUUUUAAAUCGGGAGGUUAAUGUCUUUUACUUAUCAAAAUUAGAGAAAGUAUGUUGUUUAUCUAUUAGUCAUUAUUAUUAAUUCACCCAUUCCAAAUAAUUUAACAGAUUUACAUUGUUUUUCUAAAACCCUAAUGAAUAAGGAUGGAACUAUUUUGCAGGAUUUCGUGUCCUUCCAUAAAACUCCUUUUCAGCAUUUAUUGGCAACACUUAAAACAAAGGACAUAUAAUAACAAAAUAAUACUUAGAUAUGAAAAUUUUGAAUAAUUACUGUUUAUCAUAUUUUUUAGAUGCUCUAAAAAUAUCAUAAAAUCUUUAAGGUUAGUUCACAAUGAGGAUUUGCUUACCAAACUAUGCAUAAAGCGACUUCAGAUUAAGGACUGUGUGGAAGGAAAAAUUUAUAUUUGCUUUUAAAUUUGAUAAACAGCCACAAGUUGAAAUGGGCUACUCACUGCCAUUAUCCAAUUCAUUAUAUUUGAGCACAUUGUCUAAUUUCUAUUAUUAUGAUAAUAAAGUUAACACUAUAAUUUAAUUUACCUGGCAUUGCAAAGGAUAAAUCACAAAAUUUGGAGUGGAAAACCAUUUUACAAGAUAUUCACGAAUAUGCCCUUUUGUUUUGCUUGAAAGGGUUGUAUUUUAAGAUCCGAAGUAAUUAUUCAUACAUAUAUAGUGUAAUUCUUAAAUGUUAAUACAAAAAUAACAAACCAAGUCUGUAAAUAAACUUCGAAUAUGAUUCUCAAAACAAUAAUUGA